AUGAUUCCUUUUACGAGCGGUCCAAAAACACCACCGCGCGUUGGCGAGACCACAGGAGGCCAGCUCUCGCCUCCUUCGACUGCCUGCAAAUCACCCGCUACACCGCAGCAGUGGAGAGGCACUGCCGCUGACCAGCUGCUUACGCCUCCAUUAACAGGCAAGACUGUCCGAUUCUUGGAAGACGACGACUCGCGAACGAAGAACAAAUGUCGUCUCGAUCGCAACAAACAGGACGAAUCUGCGCUCGCCGAAUAUGCCGAUUUGGAUGAUCUUGGCGAUCUCAGCGAUAUCUCCAUCUUGGACGAAACUCCUGCUGCUUCGAACCCUCCUUCACCGACGCAAGAUCCAGUCAGCUCACAGCCUCUCCGUCCCGUCAUCAGGGACGAUGCAGCCGUCAACGCGCAGCCCAAAGCUUUGGGCGAUACGACCUUAACCUCUACCGAAAACACCAUCACUGUGCCGUUCCCAUUUCUGGAACUUCCUCUGAGCAUCCGCAAGAAUAUCUACUCAAUGCUCCUCGUGGUCCCGGGCUUGGUCUGCGUCCGCCAAAACCACACUUCCUACCAUAACGAAGAGAAAGCUUUCCUCUACGCAGAAGCCCGCUUGCUGCUUCCCAGAAUCGCCUACGCGCUGCCUCAGAUCACGGUCGGCGGCUUCAAGGUCCGGUUCUCGCGCUUUCGAUAUGCGAAUGCGGCAAUCUUGCGCGUGUCGAAGGAGGUACUUGCGGAGGCCAGGGCGGUGAUGUAUGGGGAAAAUAACUUUGAAAUCAUCUGUCCGAACCUUGAAAUGAGUCCUCCACCGGACUACAAGAUCCCGCUCUUUCCCCGCGGGUGCGCGCGCCAUGUGCGGAGCUUAAGCAUUCGGGUGCGUGCCUUGUAUCCGCUCAAGUGGCUUCUGAACGGCGGUUAUGGCGACAUAAAGAACGCGUACCGCGGGCUUGAGAUGUUAAUCAUUGUUUUUGAGAUGGAGAGUGCAGCGAAAGGCGUGGGCAAGGUGCUAGGUAAAGGAGAGGAUGAGAAAUGGGUUGCGUACGUUACUCGCCUCCACACGCACCUCAACGCGGCCCUCUUCGGCUCCUCUCUGUCGCGACCUCUCCACCCCUGCCAUCUCCCAUGCUGGAUCCACUUCCGCGUCCUUUUUGAUGGCGAGGCUUAUGACGACUUCACUGAGCCCACCACGCACAGCAUCAAUGUCGGCCCGGCAUCUGACAACACGAGCCUCACUGAUGCAGCCAAAGAGCGGUUCAGAAGGUACCACCUGAAGCGUGGGUUGCCCGAGGCUUUUGAAAUGUGCAAAAGGGGUGGGCGCUGA